GCUAGCUACGUCCGCUACACUGCGGCGCGGCCUCUACGAACGCACGCUACGCUACGAAAAAACUAAAUAACAAUUAAACGUCUUUACGUAACAGUGUGUCGCAAUGUGUUUAUAAUUAUAGUUCUAUGACUAUUUAGUGCUGAUUAGAUAGAUUUAGAUUAAUUUUAAAUAAACUGAAAAUGAAUUCCACAAGUUUAAGUGUAGUUUUACGAAUGGUGAUUAUUAUGUUCGCGGCGCAAGGUUCCCUAUGCCUGCGCAACGUGUACAUGGUGAUACCAGAAGCCGUAGAGAGGGGAAAGGCAGCUGUAAUUAAGUGUAUGUAUGACCUGGAGAAUGAAGACCUGUAUCAAGUGAAGUGGUACAGAGGGGACAGAGAGUUUUGUAGAUACUCCCCGAGAGACGUGCCGCCAUUGAAGGUGUUCCCUAUUCCUGGAAUAGAAGUUGAUCGUGACGAGAGCGACGCGGAGAAGUUGACAAUAAAGUCGGCCACACGGACCGCUCAUGGGCGGUACACCUGUGAGGUCUCAGCCGAUGCACCUUCCUUCCUCACCGCCCAAGUACAUGGUGCUAUGCAUGUCGUGGACUUGCCGAUAUCGGAUCCGGAGUUAAAUGGUCUGAAGCGUCGCUACCGGACUGGGAUGAAGUUAAAAGCAGAAUGCAUAAGCCAUGACUCCAUGCCUCCGGCUAAUCUCUCGUUUUUCAUCAACAACGAACCGGCUCUUUCACAACACGUGUGGCACCGAGUGGGUGGCGGCGAGAAUGGCAGCCUGUGGACCGCCUACAGCACAAUUCAGUUUGUCGUUCAGAAACACCACUUCAUUAGAGGGAAAAUAAAGAUACGGUGUUCGGCGUACAUAUAUUCGAUAUACUUCAGAAGCCACGAGAGGGUGGCGGAGGAAGAGAGGGCCCGGACCACGGUCGCGCCUUUGCCAGAGUCAAGGGAAGCUAUCGUCUUUCCUAUACAUCGCAUUUCUGAUAACAAUGGUUCAGGAAAACGAGGGACGUCACAUCAAGCGCUGUACAAACGUCUAGGAAUUAUAGCCUUCAUUAUUACAUAUGUUAUGAGAUAAACGUGUUAAUAUUAAUAUAUUCAUCAUGGCGCAUAUUAUCUGAUCACACGUUACUUCAACAUUUCGAUUAAUUCAAAAUUAACACUCAGUUUAAAAGUAGAACAUUGUUUCGAAGCAUAGAUAAUAAAUUGUUGAUAUUUCUAAUU